AUGGCGGGCAAUUACUCGAACAAGAAAGUUGUUUUGUGUAUGCAGCAACGGCUGGAGAUUCUAGAAGAUUUGAAGACACAACCUAUUUCAACGAUUGCUGCAAAGUAUGGUGUACACCCGAUGACAAUUCGUCGGAUCAGAAAAAACGCUACACUCAUUAGUGAAUUUGCAGACAAGAGUAAGGAACAGAAAAAACGGCGAAGACUUAAAAAACCAAUGUGUGAAGAACUGGAUCACCGUAUGCUGACAUGGUUUACAGAAAGAAGGGCACUUAAGGAUAUCCUAUCAGAUGCUAUACUUUUAGAGAAAGCUGCUGAAAUAAAGAAGAAUAUCACAUCAUGUUCAUCUGCCAGAGUGAGCAAAGGUUGGCUUGCGAAAUUUAAAAGACGCAACAACAUACGUUUAGUCAAUGGAUUUCGUGACAAAAAUAAUACUGAUGUGAAUGCAGCAAGAAUAUUUGUAAAGAAUUUUAGAAAAUUAAUAGAAGAAGAGAACAUAAAUGUGGAAAACAUUUAUAACAUGGAUGAAAGCAGGCUUAUGUGGAAAGCUCUUCCUACGAAAGUGCUAGCAAAAUUCAAAGAAGAGCGCAUCGGUGGCUUCAAAAUCAGUAGUGAGCGAAUUACAAUAGCACUAUGUGCAAAUGCAUCAGGAACAAACAAAAUUAUACCCUUCCUAAUAUAUAAAUAUCAGAAUCCAAGGUCUUUAAAAGACUGUCAAGACAUACUUCCUGUCAUUUUUAAGUCACAGGCAAAUGGCUGCAUGGAUCAAUCAUUGUUUAUAGAUUGGUUUGAGAAUCACUUUAAGCCUAAUGUGAGAGCAUUCCAACUACAGAAACAAAUAUGUGGUAAAGUUAUUUUAUUAUUGAACAAUUGUGAAGAAGACAAAGUUCCGAUAGAUAUACAAGAAGAUGAUUAUGUCAAAAUUAUACAUCUACCGCCUCACACAGACUCACUUGUACAACCCAUGCAUCAGGGGAUAAUACAGAAAACUAAAAGACUUUUUCGUCAUGGAAUGCUGCAAAAUUUUUUAAGGUAUGAUAGAGGGAUCAAAGAAUUUUAUAAAGACUAUACCAUUAAAGACUGCAUAGACAUACUACAUAAAUCAUGGAUACAAAUAACUUCUGAUAACAUAAAAGCUGCUUGGAAUGAAGUUAUUACAUUAUUUACUCCUAAUUUUGAGGAAACUGAAGAAACAGAUUCACUUCAACAUGAACUGCAAGAUAUGAUUAGCACCAUUACUGGAGAAAAAUCUACACAGGAACAUGUCACAGAAUUUUUAUCUGCAUGUGAGGAAGUAGAAAGGCGACAUUUUAUUUUUAUCAAGGAGGAAAAGAUAGACGAAGAAGAAAGUGAAGAAAAAGAAAAUAACAAUGACAACAAAGAUGAAGAAGAUGAUGAAGAGGAAGAAAAUAUUGAUGACAAUAAAGGUGAAGACAAUCUCGAAGAACAAAAAGAACUACUUGUGGCAAGAGGCCCAAAUGAAAAUACUAGAUAUGAUUCAAAAUAUUUAUUUGAAGAUCUAAUGUGUUAUAGUGCAAAAGCACCUCAACAUAUACAACUAAUAGUAAAGAGUUUAAAACAAUAUUUUUUAAAUGAGGCAAAUGAGUAA